CACGGCGCACAAACAAUGUGAUUUUAUUUUCUUGAAUUUUUCUACUGUUUUUGAUUAUACAAAUUUUAGGAUUAGUAUCGUGAUAUUUAGUUAAGUGUCGCGCGACAUUUAUUUCGCUAUCGUUUUAGAUGUGUAGUGUAGAAUAAUGUUUGAUACUACUUGCAACUGCAGUUUUGUUUUGGUGAAAAUCUAUUGUGAAUUGCGCAAUUUAUAAUAACAAUGGACGAAGAGAUUGAAAGUCGUCGACGAGUGCAUUUCGGACUUGGGAUCUCGGAGACAAGGCAGUGACUUGUGUGAAAUCGAUCGAUCGGUUUUGGAAACUUUCUAAAAUUUUUGUAAAUCAAUAACGCAGAAUUAAAAAGAAACUAUACAAAGAAACGAUGAAGUCAAACUUUUUGAAGAAAUUAAAAUAUAAAUUAUGAAAAUUGAUUAAAAUUUUCAUAGUGUACUCUUAGUACCUCCAGCAGUUCUUCCUGAUUACUCAACAUGACGAUGGAACGUGAGCGCGGGGAGCGCGACUAUAUCGGCUUCGCGACUCUGCCAGAACAGGUUCACCGCAAGUCGGUGAAGCGAGGCUUCGACUUCACGCUCAUGGUAGUGGGCGAGUCUGGGCUCGGCAAGUCCACGCUGAUCAACAGCCUCUUCCUAGGAGACCUGUACAAGGGCCGCAAAAUACCUGAUGUUCAAGAUAGGAUAGAGAAAACCACAACAAUAGAAAAGAAAACAAUGGAAAUCGAAGAGCGAGGCGUCAAGUUGCGUCUGACCAUAGUCGACACUCCUGGCUUCGGAGACGCGAUUAACUGUGAAGACUCGUGGAGGACUUGCUCGGGCUACAUCGACGAGCAGUUUCGGCAGUACUUCACCGAUGAGAGCGGGCUCAACCGCCGGCAUAUGCAGGAUAACAGAGUGCAUUGUUGCUUAUACUUUGUCCCGCCAUGGGCUCACAGUGUAAGGCAGGUGGACCUGGAGAUGAUGAGACGACUGCACCGCAAAGUGAACAUCGUGGUGGUGAUAGCGAAAGCAGACUCCUUAACGGCCGCGGAAGUCAAACGGCUUAAAGCGAGGAUACUGUCUGACCUAGAGGAUCAUCAGAUACAGGUGUACCAAUUCCCGGAGUGCGAUAGCGACGAAGACGAAGAGUUCAAGCAACAAGACCGCGAACUGAAGGCCGCGGCGCCUUUCGCCGUUGUUGCCGCCGAUACUGUGCUGGAGGUGGGCGGCAAGCGCGUACGCGGCCGACAGUACCCGUGGGGCAUCGUUGACGUUGAGAACCCGCGGCACUCAGACUUCACGAAGCUACGCACAAUGCUGAUCUCCACGCACAUGCAGGACCUCAAGGACGUGACGCAGGACGUGCACUACGAGAACUUCCGCGCGCAGUGCAUCUCGCAGAUAUCACAGCACGCCAUGCGGGAGCGCGGGAAACUGAAAAGGGAUUCAAUGGGCAACAACAGUGAAGCGGUAUUUACGGACACCGACAGGCUGCUUCUGCAGAAGGAUGAAGAGAUUCGGCGGAUGCAAGACAUGCUCACUCAGAUGCAAGAGAAACUCAAAGCUUCCGACAAGAAACACGACAGUAUUAUAGAUGUGUAAAUUAUAGACUGCAAAUGUACCUCUAGUGUAGUGUUACAAUUUAUCUAUUUCACUUAUGUUCUAAUAAAAAUAUUAAGAACCUCUUUAGAAAAAUUUGAUGAAUUUAGAGUUUUGGACAUGUUUUUUGGUUUGUUAUUAAUAUCGGGAAGUACUGCCUAUUUUACUUAAAUGCACAAGUGCAUUAAAGAAAAUUGUAGUGUAGAUAGAUAUAUCGACACAAGCUCACAGAAAUCAAUAUGAGUUUACCUGUACCUAUUUAUUUACAUCAUAUGUUGCGCUUUCUUUUGAGAAUCUCGUAAUAUAUUCUAAAAAAACUUGGAUACCUAAGUCAUCACUUCGUAUGGUUUUUUGUAAGUUGAAAUAUGUACCUUGCAAAGCAGGAUCAUUAGUUAUCAAAACCAGUUACUUACUUAUCAAAUAGACCUGCUUUAUAUUUUGUCCAUUGCGCAUUUAGCACUUCACAUGAACAUGAAGCUCAAACAGUAAUAUUAUCUUAUUAGAUCAUUUAAUUCUCGAUGUCGCGUGCCUUGACACGUAUGUUCAUGAUAUUAAAGGUCAAAUUUGAUUAAUCUGCGCGAUAUCGUGAAUGACACGAACUAACAUCGUUAAUGUAACCGGUGUCCAUUUAUCUGUCCGUCGUUCAAAUGUAAACCAAAGUUAAAAUAUUUAUAAGAUCGGGAGAGCACUAUGUGCACAAGUAGCACCUUCAGUAGUACCUCAAUGCUAAAGUAUCAAAGACUAAUAUUAAGUUAAAAGAUAUUUGUUACAGAAUUAAGCAUAAAGCUUUGCCUACUAACGUUUAUUUCGUCAAAUUGACUAAGAUUUUAAAUUUUUGUAUCGAUGUAAUUGUAUUAACAUUAACAGUAAAUUGAUACUUUACUUAAAA